GUAUGGAGCUGACAGCUUCCUCCAUCUCUCUGAUGAUGAAUGUGUUGGUGUUGAUCUUGUGUGCUCACAUCGGCCUUUCACAAACAUCAGAGCGUACUUUCCCUCGUAUUGUUCCAUCCCAACUGCAGUUCUUUGAAUACAGCAAUCUCACUGUGACCUGUGAGGGAUUUUUUAAUGACAUGAUCCAAUGGAGGGUGCUGAGGAAGGAUGAGAAAAAAAAAACUCCUUGUAACAAAAAUACUGAUGCUUUUGGAGCGUGCCACAUUGAAAUGGUGUAUCCAGCCGACUCUGGAGAAUACUGGUGUGAGAAUGACAACAAAAGGAGGAGUGAAGGAGUCCUGAUCACAGUCACAGCGGCUGAUGUAAUCCUGGAGAGUCCAGUUGGUCCGGUGAUGGUUGGAGAUAAUGUUACUCUUCGUUGCAUUAAAAACCCAACUCUAAAACCCUCCACAAAGUUUGACUUCUACAAAGAUGGUGUCCGUGUGAACACAAGUUCAACUGGAGAGAUGAUCCUCCACAACAUCUCACUGUCUGAUCAGGGGCUCUAUAAAUGUAACGUAUCUGAAAAGGGGUUCACCAAAGAAAAUCUGCUGCAAGUUAAAGCUGUGCUCCUGGAGCUUCCUGAUCGGCCUGUGCUGGAGGGAGAGAACGUGACUCUGUUCUGUAGAGACAAGAUGGCCGCUUCAAACUACAUGACUUUUUUCUACAAAGACGAUGAAAUGAUCGGGAACAGUUCCUCUGGAAAGUUGACUCUGAACAAAGUUUUCAAAACAGACGAAGGAGUUUACAAGUGCCAAACCUCAGAGGACAGAGAGUCGGAGGAGCAGUGGCUGGCUGUGAGAGGGACUAGCUUCAUCACUUCUGAUUCUUCAGGUGCAACAGGGUCUACAUGGACACUGGUCUCUGGUCUAGCUGCUCUGCCGUUGCUGCUGAUAGUUUUGGUGUUCAUCUAUAAAAAAUGCAAAAGUCAUCGUGGUCCCACCUCCAGACAUCAAGCCACAACCGAGUAUGAACAGCCCACAGAAAUCUAUUCUGUGAUUGAAAACAACAAGACUGCACGAAACCAAAACGCUCGUGAACCAAGCAACGACGCUCCACGGGAGGUGUACUCCACAGUGAACAAGAAGAAAAAGAACCAAAGGCAGAGCAGUGAGACUACGGUGUACGCUCACGUUAGAAAGAACAAAGGCAAAAGACCCAGGGACGUGGCAGAGAACACUGUUUAUUCUCUGCUUAAGGUGGAUACUUUCUAAACAGCAACUUUGGAAUAUUUUUUAUGUAUGGCCUUCUGUAAUCUAAGAUCUGUUCAGUAUGCAAAUGCUAAUUCACAAUGUACCAGGUUAAAAAGCAUGUCUCUGAACGCAAGGCUGGCCCACGAUAACAUGCAUCUGUGGUUAUGUUUGGAUCAACAGACUUACCGUAUUUUCCGGGCUAUUGCUCUUAAGCCUCUAACCCCAUAAAAAAUGACUGCGCGCCCCACAAUCCAGAGCGCCUUAUACACAAAUCCACCCUGGUGUCCCAGCAUGACUUCACUAAACUACAAAGCUGCACCACCCGCAGAACACACAAACACACACGGAGCAGACAGCGACCGCACAGCCACAAACACCCACAGACACACUCAUCACUCCACACCGACGAGGAACAGAACGGAGGAACGAACCGAAAAAAGCGAGUGCAAUGUGCCACUUCUAGACACAACUGAACAACUGAGUCACUGCGAACACGCCGACAAUCCGAUGGUCCUCAGACACACCCUCCCUACACGCCACAACUGAACAAAGCCCAGAGUCACUGUGAACGCCACAAACAAACAAAACCAUUCACCCAUCACACUGUUGUGUUUCCUUUAAAGUCCAGUGCGGUUUAUUUGUGAAAAAAGUUCAAAAAUAGACCAUUUAAUGACUAAUAGCCUGGAAAAUAUGGUAGUCUGCACAACACUUUUCUGUCCAGUCAUUGCUACUGCUCUGUCUGUGCAAAC